CCAUUUUUUUUUGUUGAUACUUGGCACUACAAAGAAAAACAACUUUGUAUACUAUACAUUUAAAAAGCGCCCUUAUCGGCCCGGCGCCAUAUUUUCUCACCGCGCAAAAAAAUAUUUGAUUUAUACGGCUUGUUUUGUUGAGCUUGGAUAAAAAAUAUUAUAGUAAAAUACCAUGGGCCACUGAUAUCAAUAUCAAAUCUACGAAACAGAAAAAAAGGUAGGUAAUAUUUUAGAUACUGAAAAGUGCGAGCGUCGAGCGUGAUAUUCAAGCCGGAUAUGAUAGAGGAGGGUUGGGGUACACUGCACUAGAGAAGAGAAGCCACAGGCGGCCCGCGACCCCUUUCGCCCCUGAGUACUACAUGUUGUCAUAGCGGCACAGGUUGGCGCCAUGUUGCACUGAACUCUAACUGGGAUAUCGCCGUGUAGUCACGUUAAACCAUGACAAUUCACAUCAAGUACCCAAAGAAAAAAGAGUUCUUCUCUUGGGAGGAGUUAGGAUGCCUUGCCAAAGCUUUAGGGUUCCAGAAGACCCUUUUUUUGAAAAAUACCCCACCAGACAUGAAAAAGAAGAAAGUUGGUGGUUUAUCCAUGAAGGAUUUGAAAGAGUUACUGGACAUAAAGGCGCUUCAUGGAGAUAUUCACAGGACUUAUAACAUGCACGAUGGCAUGUAUAAUGGGAGAGUGAUUGAAAAAGCAGCUGAGAUGUCUUCUAAUCGGUACCUCAGUUUUGAGGAGCUCCGUGAGGUGCGUGUUGCAUUUCAAUUAUACGAACAUGAGGAUAUGAUGGGCCUCGUUAUAGAUGAACAGAUACUUUUCCGUACGCUUAAGGUGUGUGGAAGAACCGUGUCCCCUGUAAAACUCAUGCAGCAUAUUAAGCACAUGGUUCGACAUGUUCCAGACAGGCUGAUGUUGUAUGAGUUUCUUGAUCUAAUGUUACUGUGUGAGAGAGAUGUUGAGGUUGAAGUACCGCCAUUACCACCUGUUAGUGGUUUUGACAGAAGUAAACUUUACAAGAUUUGUGAUUUUAGAAAAGUUUUGACACCUGAGGAGGAGAGAAAACUCAACCAGCUGAAUACCACUUAUGAGCAAGGAUUGUUCAGAUCACACCCUGGGAACAAAAGCGAGCCUCUCAAGACAUGGAGAGAGGAGGAGAACUUUAUUGUGGAUGACAAGCCAAGGAUAGAACAGGUCAGCAGACAUCAACAGCGCUCAGUUCAGCUGACAGAUCACCUCGAUCAUUCCAACCGCAAGGUUCUACACGCGCGAUGUGGCGUACUUGGGAUUACCCGUACAUUCGUGGACCUAAAUGACACGUGCAAAAAAUCAGGUCCUACAUCUAGACAAGUUCCUGCAGAGCUUGAGGUCCCAUGUCAAAGCAGCAUCGAUACCUCUCUAAAUCUUACUCAUGACAAUCGCGAGACAUGGGUGUCGUUUGCUUCAACACCUCCACGAGUAGUCAGCGUAGCACCAUCACCUCCCAGUACUACUGAGUCUGCGUUUUACGUGAGAAACUUCCCUGGCACCACUCCGGAGAAGCUUUCAAGGCAGUCCAGGAGCAAUCACCGGGAAAUACUCGUCACACCGCGGGAUGUCCAUAACGCGCAAGCAAGAAUUCAAAACCUGCACUGGGACAUUGAGACACAGAAAGUCCGGUUAAGACGCAAGGUGGACCGGGAGAUGCGAGUCAAACAUCCUCGCAGCCACCAGAUCUAUUUAAAUCGCCAACGACCCUCUUUCACUGUGACCAUAGAGAGGAAAGCCAACCAAGUUGUUCCUAAGGAAACUUCCAGGAAGUCACUUGAGGCUGAUAGACCAUCGGAACCACCGUCACUGCAAAUAUCUCCCCGACUGUACAAACCAAGGCCGGAGAAUAUCUAUUCAACGCUUAAAUCACGACUUCAGACCUCAGACACUUUACUCGAUUUCGGAGCGGUCGAGGUUCCAUUUUCUCGUUUCUCCACAUCAGUAACUCGUCAGCUUGAAAGACGAGGUGAGGGGGAUACAACAUCUAAAGGAGGACCGAAUGCAGUACGGAUAGAAACGCUUGGCAGUCUUCCGCAAGGAAAGGAUGCGGUUCACGCCGAGAAUGACGCUGGUGAUGUGGUGCAGCUGCUUGGGAAAUUCCAGGAAGCUAAUUAUGUAGCGAGUGGUAAGAAAGGAUAUGCCAGGGAAGGUAGACAAGAGUGGAGGUAUACUGCUAUGGUAUGAUGAAGUAUGAUGACUCUUAAAACUGAGAGUAGUGGGCAUGGUCACCAGGGCGUGACGGAAUAUGCCGACAUUGCGCGAAGGAAUAUAUUGCCAUGGUAUGGCGUGACGGAAUAUGCCGACCUUGUGUGAUGUUAAUGUAUCCCCAUGGUAUGGCAUGACGGAAUAUAUCGCCAUGGUAUGGCGUGACGGAACGUAUCGCCAUGGUAUGGCGUGACGGAAUAUAUCGCAAUGGUAUGGCGUGACGGAAUUGUAGUUACGGCGUGGUGUAACAUCGAUUUUGAAUGACGAAAUACUCUUAUGGCGUGAUAGAAUAAAUCUCUAUGGCGUGGCGGAAUAGUCUAUAGUUAUAGUGUGUCAUGGAAUAUAUCUAUAUCUUUUUGGCGUGACGGAAUAUAGUUAUGGCAUGAUGGAAUAUACCGCUACGGCGUGACAAAAUAUAUCGCUGUGGUGUAGUUAAGAUUUGGUGUACAUUUAUUAGAAAGGAUACAUUUAUAAUAUGAAAUACAUAUAUCAAGGGCAUUGAUAGAAGUAAGUUAUUUUCAAUAUGUACUAUUUUCAUAAUCAUUGAAAUAAAUUGAAUCAAACCACA